CCCGGAAGCGUCUCCAUGGAGAUGGGGGGAGCCGGGCCGGGGCUGGGGGGCGAUGGAGAAGUACGAGCGGAUCCGGGUGGUGGGGAGAGGAGCUUUCGGGUGAGACACCCCCUCCCGGCACCCGGCAUUGCCCCCUCCCGCGAGCCCGCGGGCGGCAGCGCUGCCACGUGGCAUCUGGGGGCGGGACACCCCGGGCUGAGCCCCGAUACACGAAUAGUGCACCUGUGUCUGCGCAAGGCUGACCAGAAGCUAGUGAUCAUUAAACAGAUCCCUGUGGAGCAGAUGACGAAGGACGAGCGGCUGGCGGCACAGAAUGAGUGCCAGGUGCUGAAGCUACUGAAUCACCCCAAUAUCAUCGAAUAUUAUGAGAACUUCCUGGAAGACAAGGCUCUUAUGAUUGCUAUGGAGUAUGCACCAGGUGGCACCUUGGCAGAGUUUAUUCAUAAACGUUGCAACUCCCUGUUGGACGAAGACACCAUCCUGCACUUUUUUGUGCAGAUCCUACUGGCCCUUCAUCAUGUUCACACUAAACAGAUCCUGCACCGGGAUUUAAAGACUCAGAACAUUCUGUUGGACAAGCACCGCAUGAUCGUCAAGAUUGGAGACUUUGGCAUCUCAAAAAUCUUGAGCAGCAAGAGCAAAGCCUACACGGUUGUGGGGACUCCGUGCUACAUCUCCCCGGAGCUGUGUGAAGGGAAACCCUACAACCAGAAGAGCGAUAUCUGGGCACUGGGCUGUGUGCUUUACGAACUUGCCAGUCUCAAGAGAGCCUUUGAAGCUGCAAACCUGCCUGCCUUGGUGCUAAAGAUCAUGAGUGGGACAUUUGCGCCCAUCUCAGACCGAUACAGCCCAGACCUGCGCCAGCUCAUCCUAAGCAUGCUCAACCUGGACCCUUCCAAACGGCCCCAGCUGAAUGAGAUCAUGGCCCAGGCCAUCUGCAUCAGGCCACUUCUGAACCUUUAUACUGACGUGGGCAGUGUCAAAAUGAGAAGGCCUGAGAAGCCAUUAGCUACAGUGCCACCAGUGACCCACAACAGAGCGGGAGGAAGAGUGACCAGUGCCAGACCCAGGGGUGUUCGAGUUCGCUCAGCCAGGACUGGAAUCCCACCUCCCCUGUCUUCCAUCUACACCUGGGGCAGCGGAAUCACCACCCCGCUCCGCCUGCCCAUGCUCAACACAGAAGUGGUGCAGGUUUCUGCAGGGAGAACCCAGAAGGCCGGCAUCACUAAAUCAGGGAGGCUCAUCAUGUGGGAGGCUUCCCCAAUGGGUGCCACUGGAGGCCCCUCCCUCCCAGGGGCCACAGAGCAGCUCCAGCCUCAGUUUGUGUCCCGCUUCCUGGAAGGCCAGUCCGGAGUGACUAUCAAACAUGUGUCCUGUGGUGACCUCUUCACAACCUGCUUGACAGACAGGGGGAUAAUCAUGACUUUUGGCAGUGGCAGUAAUGGUUGUUUGGGGCAUGGAAACUUCACUGAUGUAACACAGCCUAAGAUCGUGGAGGCGCUGCUGGGCUACGAGAUUGUGCAGGUGGCAUGUGGCGCGUCUCAUGUGCUGGCCAUUUCCAAUGAACGGGAAGUGUUUGCCUGGGGCAGAGGGGACAAUGGUCGGCUUGGGCUGGGAACUCUGGACUCCCACAAUUCUCCCCAGCAGGUAGCUGUUCCGCCUGAGCACGAGGCUCAGAAAGUCCUUUGUGGUAUUGACUCCUCCAUGGUCCUGACGGUGAAGAACCAGAUUCUUGCUUGUGGGAGCAACAGGUUUAACAAGCUGGGCCUGGAUAAGACUGCGGAGCAGGGGGAGCCGGCCCUGGGGGAUCAGGUGGAAGAAGCUCCCACAUUCACGUGUGUCCAGUCAGGGCCCUUAAAUCAAGAGCCGGUGGUGUGUGCAGAUAUUGGAACAGCCCAUUCGGCUGCAGUCACAGCUUCUGGCCAGUGUUACACCUUUGGCAGCAACCAACACGGGCAGCUUGGCACCAGCACCUGCCAUACCAGCCGUGUGCCCUACCUGGUUGUGGGACUCCAAGCGAUGAAGGUCACCAUGGUGGCUUGUGGCGAUGCCUUCACUGUGGCCAUUGGAGCAGAGGGAGAGGUGUACACCUGGGGGAAAGGAGCCCGCGGGCGCUUGGGAAGGAAGGAUGAGGAGACCAGGACUCCAAGGCCGGUGCAGCUGGAGGAGACCCACCCCUACCUGGUGACCUCUGUCGCCUGCUGCCAUGGGAACACACUGCUGGCAGUGAAACCUGCAGGGGAAGAGUCAGGCCCCCAGUGAGGAACGGGCUGAGAGGAGCGAACUGCACCGCCUCCAUAUGGACAUAGCCAGCUUCCUUCUGAUCUCCUGACCUGCAUGGCGCACGUAUCCUCUCCUGCCUGCCUCCGUGUUACUCAGGCCUGGAGGACGGGGCUCUGGAGUGCUGGGGCAACACCAUGGGCUGCAUUGGUGCUUGCCAGGAGCCGGAGAAUACUCAGCCACUCAGAUCAACGGGGGUCACUGCAUGCUGGAACCUGAAGCCUCCCCCAGGACAUUGCCCCAUGGAGCAGCGCCUGCUGGGACAGGCCACAUCUCUCCAUCAAGGAUGAAGGGUGAUCAUGACCUGUCUUGUAUUCAGCGGGCCCCACUCAAGUGAUUUCACUGUGGCAUUGCAUAUGUGAUUGCCACCAGCAAGAAGGGCCUCGGUUUAUUUUCACACUUCUGUGAAAACUGACUCUGGUUACAAAGCGUGGGCUGGCAGCUUGGUGUCGGAGGGAGCUGUCAGCGUUUGCACCGGAACGUCUGUUGUUAUGGCCCCAGGCACUAUGAUGGGUGACUAAGUGCAAAACUCUUUUACUUAAAGUCUAUUUAUUCCUGAAGAAUGUUUGGCCCAGUUGUUGACCGAGUUCAUUGCGUUUUCAAGCUACCAAAGUUCUGGGGCCAUGACCCACUUGGCCCUUCGCCAGCCGCCAGAACCAGCAAGAACAGUGAUCUUGUGUGUAGGCGGCUUGGCCCGGGGCUGUUCUUCCCAAGUGCCUGCUUUAACUCUCCGAUCACAGCUUGACUUGUGUCCUUCAACUCUUAGUUCUGGAUGCCCCGGCUAAGGUUUGUUCUCAGAUCUCUGAAGCCUGCUAGUGAUGCACCCGAAGAAGUGGGCAGUAGCCCACGAAAGCUUAUGCUCUAAUAAAUUUGUUAGUCUCUAAGGUGCCACAAGUACUCCUGUUCUUUUUGCGGAUACAGACUAACACGGCUGCUACUCUGAAACCUGCUAGUGACCAGUUCACUGUCCAACAGCCUAGACCUCUGCUACUGAAAAUCACCAGUAUCGCAGCAAGCAGCUGUGAGUAACUGGAGGUCUGGCCUCGAUCUGACCAUGAGGAAGGAGGAGGCCCUUCCCGGAGCUCUUCCUGCCAGAGACUGGAGUUAUCUUUCGAUGUAACCAGAAGGAUCAUUCCCAUUUUUACUGACACCAGACUCUGGGCCAUUUGCUGAAGAGCGUUUGUAUCUGAGCUAUCUUAGCAGCCCUCCUUUUCACUCUACUAGGACACACUUGCCAGUCAGUUGUGUAUACAGGCUGUGUUUUCACUCGCUGGUAGAUUCACUGGCUUAGUUCUUUCAUUGUGGAUCUUUGUUUGAUUUGAGGCAAAACUUGGCAGUGGCUGACAGGCUCCAGUGGUGUCUGGCUGCUACGACUGCAGGAUGAAAGAUCGUUUCCUGUCCCCGCUGGGUGCUAGGGCUCUGGAGAGGCUGAGGAACGGUGUCCCUUGUAGCGCUGGGAGCUGACUGGGGACAUUCCUCUCUUGCCUGUGUUCUGCCAGGAGAGCGAGGCCUCCUUUCCCUGGUGGCUGUCCUCUGCAGAGGUGGGAAGAAUCGGGCUCUGUUACCAACAGAAAGUCCUGUUUGUUGUUCAAA